AGCCGGUCCAGAGUACGUGCGUUUUUUUGAAAAAAAAAAAAAUUUCAGGAGUGCAAGCAGGAUCUGCAGCUGCCGAAUUGUCACGUUUAGGGACUGUUUUCUUGCACUCAUUUUUCAUUUUAUUUUCCACAUAAUUUCCCUUCUGUCCGCACAGGCGCUGAGAUUCAUCUGGAACUCCACUCAGGGUUGUUUCCUUUCAGUCCAAACUCGGUUGCUUUCUUGCAAAGUCCUUGAUUCACCCUGGCUGACAGCCUGCAGACCAUCCUGUGUAACAACCAACAUUAGCACACAUCGGCUAACAUCCAACAGGACUGUCACCCACCGAAAGCUGAAAGCUACAUCCUGCACAUUGACAGCCAGUGAGAGCUGCAGACAGCGACUGAAGCAGCCUGUAAGGUAUUUAACAGGCUUGACCAACGGGCAACAACCACUGGAAGAGAAGUUAGUCAGAUAGAAGGGCAGCCAUGUUGAUCAUCUUAAUCUUCAUCAUCCUCUUCCAUCUGGCUGCAGUCAUUCUCCUCUUUACUGCAACCAUUCACAAUGCAUGGUGGGUAGUGUCGCCAGCUGGACGUGACGUGAUCUACACUGACCUGUGGUACUCCUGUAACUCCACCUGCUAUCCUGUGGAGAACAGCCAUACUGCUGAUGCAGUCUACCUACAGGCCAUCCAGGCCACUAUGAUCCUGGCCACCAUCUUGUGUUGCGUCAGCUUCUUUGUCUUCAUCCUUCAGCUCUUUAGGCUCCAGCAGGGAGAGAGAUUCAUUUUCACCGCCAUCAUCCAGCUAUUGGCCUCUCUAUGUGUGAUGAUUGCAGCGUCCAUCUACACGGCUCAGAAAAAGAGCUUUCAUGUGGUCAGUCUUCAGGAAGGCUCCUACGGCUCCUCCUACAUCCUAGCCUGGAUCAGCUUUCCCAUGACCCUCGUCAGUGGCCUCAUGUACCUGGUGCUCAGGAAACGCAAAUAGUCAUACUGGGCUUGAUGCACAGGAACGCAGAUAUCAGAAGCUCAGAAAUCUGUCUGAAGCAUUUUAACACAAAGGACAGAAGUUGAAGACAAGUGAGGUCUUGUCUUAAUGGGACCCAGACCCCUGGACUUUCCAAAGGGUCCAUAUUUUUUUUUUUUUUUUUUUUUUGGUGAAUCUAUAUUCAACUGAAUAUAUUUUGUACAUAUUUGCAGUGUAUGUAUAGUUAAAGUAUUUGCCAAAAACUUAAUUCUAAGACUGAAAUAGUAAAAUUAUAUAUAAAAUCUUAUAGAAUCUUAUGUUAACCAUAGCUUACAGGAAAUGUAGUGAAGCAGUAGUUGAGGUAUAAUAUGUAGGAACUUAACCCCGUUAUUUGUAUUCUUGUGUUACUGACUUGUGUCUUCAUGGGGAAAAAGGAACCAAUGAUGUGCUGUGAUGUUAAUGAUUUCAGACAAUAUAGAGAACAUGCAAAACUGAAAUAAGAUAAUAACAUUUCUUUGUUAUUAAUUAUGCUUUUUGUCCACAGCUUCACUGAGAAAAGACAAAAAGCUUUUUAUUGUCUAAAGCAACUGCGUAUUUUAACAUCAUGUCACUGCAGAUGUGUGAUGUAGUUAAAUCUCGCCAUGUUUUUCCCUCCUUGGCCGGGCUAAUAUUUAUUUGGUAACACCCCUAAGCACUUGUUACACACUUGUGCUCCAGCAUUUAGCAAAAAUAUAUUUGUUAAUGCAUUGUACCUGCAAAGAAAUUACCAGAAUUUUAUCGUUUAUCCUAUUACAAUUUUUAGCCUGACCCCACAUAGCACUGGGUAAACUCUUUUCUCCUUCCUGGUGUUGGUUUGGAGGGCAGAACAGUUAAGGGAGACCAGCUUGGUAUUAACUUUGCAGCUGCUUGGAAUUGAAACAUUUCAAGGACAAAAUCUAGAAUUGUCUAGUUCAGCUUGGGCUUGUUGGUUCCUUCACAGGUGCACUGGGCUGUUUUGUGAUAAGAAUGUGUUCAGUGGACCCUAGCAUGAUAACUUACUAUCUCAUCGAUUAUGAAGAUUCAGGUAAAAGACAUUGAAGUGAGAAGUUGCUGCCAUCUCAAGAUGAUACUUGAAAAUGAUCAAAACAGCAUAUUGGAGGGUUAGCUUGUGAUGUUUUUUGUUGUCAUCUUAAAUGUUUGAUUCAAUAAUAAGCCUCCUAUUUGCAUGAAAGCUUUUGUCUUUCAGCAAAUCCAUUAUAUUAAGUUAGUUAUAUAUUGAGUUAGAAAGGAAGUUAUUGCAGUACACAGGAUUUUUAAUGUAAAGUUUGGAUCUCAAUUCAGAUGAAAUUGAGAACUUGAACUUAAACAAUAAACUGAUGUCGAUAUUCAACAGAAUCCACAGAAGUCACUUCUAAUAGUUAUUAGCGCUACUCUAUUCGAAUUGGAAAUGUUUUGGAUUACGGUUGUGAUUUUUUUUUUGUUGUUGUUUUGUUUUGUAGUGUGUUUUCUUUUAACGUAAAUGUACUGUAUCUUUAGUCAAUGUAGUUCUGUACAAACAACCACAGGACCAUACAAAUUAACAUGAGUUGCUGAAGCUAAAAAGUUAAAAGCUAAAACUAUUUUUAUGGGGAUUUGUUUUGUUUUUUAAACAUUUUUUGCAGUUGAAAUAUUUCAAAUGCUUCAUGAAGUAUUAAUUCCACAUUGAGAGUCUCAUUUUGCUUAAUGGAGACAUGAUGAAAUGGUCAAUGUUUUAAUAGCUUAAACCUUUUUAUUUGCCUGUGGAGGAUUCAUUCACAAUUCUUACAUGUAUAGCUUAUAUGUCAUGUUAAAUGGGAGUGUUUCUGCCGGUUACAGGCUAAUUAAAUAACAACAUACUAUUUAUUUAGACCCGUAUUGCAACAUCAGUGGCAGUUUCUUUAAUCUGUGACAUAUUACGGUGUUUCCUUCCAGUCACAUGUCAUCAAGGAUUUGUCUUUUGCUGUCACCCAGUGGACUGACAGAAAAUUACACAAAGUGUGUGAUAGUUUUAUAGCUUCAGGUUACAGAAUAAACAGCUACUAUAAGCUUCUGUCAAGCACUCCUGAAAAGAAUGAACAUAUUUCUGCUUGUGAAUUCUCCUGCUCUAAUUUCUGAAUGACAGAUUGGCUAAUCUUCUAAGUGAUGCGGGAACAAAGGCAAAUGUCCUCUGCAAGAAUUUAAAGGUGCUUCUUUUUUUCCCUUUUGCCCCACCCAUCAGAUGUAGAUCUUCAUGAAUGUAUUUUACAAUAAAUACAUUUUCUUUGUGUGCCA